AUGACCUUGAACAAGAGCACCAAAGAAAUUGAGCUCUUCAGUGAGUCAGUUGAAACUUCUUCUUCAUCAACAGAAGAAGAUGCUUACUUUGAAAGUACUGACGUGAUUGAGAACGAGAAGUCUCAAAACACAUUCAAAAAUGUUUUUAAAACAAUUUUAUUUCGAAUGGCUAUGAAGCAGAUAAUGAAAGGCCAAAAAGGGAAUUUGACAGUGAAAGACAUGAAUCCUGUUUCUAAAAAUUUGAAUGUCGAAGACGAAGUUGAGUACUACAAAUCUGAAUGGAAGAAGCAGAGUCUCAACAAGAAUCCGUCAAUAGGUAAAGUGAUUUUAAAACGCGAAUGGAAGAGAUUUUUAUUCAUGUACUUAAUGGUUGCCAUCUACGACUUGUUUUCAAUUGCAUUUCCAUUGGAAUGCCAGUUCAUUACAAAGUGGCUAAAUAAAGAAGAUGCUCCCAAGAGCACUGGAAUACUUUUUAUCUUCUUAACAUUUUGUUUUCAAAUGAUAGCAUGUUCAUCAAGUGAAUGUGCUAAGAAGUUUAUGUUCACCACUUCCCUAAGAAUACGAAAUGGAUUGAUUGGUGUCAUCUAUGAGAAAGCACUUAAAUUGAAUGCAGCAGGAAUAGCAGAACCUGGAAGAUUGGUCAACUUGAUGUCAAAUGACUCUUCUACUUUCUUAUCCAAUUUAGAGUACUUUAUGACGGGUAUUGCGUCACCGCCUAUGUUUAUUGUGUUAUACUCUUUUAUGGGAUAUUAUGUCGGUAAGUGGGUAUAUGUUCCUCUAGUAGUAUUAGCUUUCUUCUUAAUAGUUAAUUUGUGCUAUGGACGUGUCAACACAUUCUUCUAUAACAAGUUUGUUGCGUCUAAAGAUAAGAGACUUUCAUUCUUCAAUGAAAUAUUACGAAAUAUCAAAUUCAUCAAGUACAAUAGAUGGGAAAAGCCUUUAGAAGAUAAAGUGAACAAAUACAGAAAUUGGGAAAUAGUGUUCUUGUACUUCACUGGAUUCUUUAGAGCAAUGUUCUUUACUUUCACUAUUGAUGUUGGACCGAUGAUGGCAGUUUUAAUGUUUGUAGCUAUGGUAUAUUCAGAAGCCGCAAUUACUUUACCAAUUGUUGUCACUUCAAUUGCACUGUUCAAUUCUAUAAGAAUUCCAAUAAGAACAGUUGGUAUUGGUAUGGCUAAUAUCACUUGUUUGAAUGUUUCUUUAAAAAGAAUCAACAAAUUUUUGACAACUCCGGAAUUGGUCCCAAUCACUUCGACUGCAAGUAAAAGUGAAUAUGCAGUUGAAAUGAGUCGAGUCAAUUACAGUUUCCCUAAUAACGAAACUGCAUUUGCCUGUGAUGAAUUAAAGAUCAAGAAAGGUGAAUUAGUCUGUGUUCUUGGUAGUGUAGGAGGUGGUAAGAGUUCAUUCUUAUUGUCACUUCUAAAUGAGUUGGAAAAGACACAAGGAGACACUGUAAUCAAUGGAAAGAUCACUUACACAAGCCAGACGCCUUGGAUGAUGAAUGCGUCAGUCAGAGAGAACAUCUGCUUCUUGACUUCUUAUGAUAAGAAACAGUAUCAGAGUGCAGUAUAUGAUGCUUGUUUAGCAACUGACAUCGAUUCUUUAGUAGGAGGUGAUGCUUAUGUGAUCGCAGAGAAAGGUGCCAACUUAUCUGGAGGGCAACGACAACGAGUGAAUAUCGCGCGUGCUUUAUACGACCCCAAAGACAUCAUUUUACUCGACGACCCCCUCAGUGCAGUUGAUUUCAAAGUUGGGACUUAUAUCUUUGAAAAUGCCAUUCAAAAGCAUUUAGCAAAGAAGACCAGAAUUGUUGUAACCAACCAGACGUACUUCUUAGAGAAGGCAGACAGGAUUCUUGUUAUUGACAAGAACCAAAUGGUAUUUAAUGGUUCAUUAGAAGAGCUCAAGAAGUCGAAUAUCCCAGCGUCCCAAUUUGUGAAGACACUGAGUAAGAAGAUUCAAAAAGAAGAAGAACAAGAAGAAGAAAUCAUCACUUCAGACGCUUCAGGUACAAAAACAAGAGAAGAGACAAGAGAAAUAGGAAGAGUACCAUUACAUGUGUAUUGGCAAUAUAUCAAGUCUGGUUCCCUCUUGAUGUUCUUCAUAAUGUGGUUGUGCUUGGCGGGUAGAAUUUGUGCACUUUACUUCUACAACACUUAUCUCACUAAGUGGGGGAAGUCUAUUCGACCACUAAAAGGAGCUCCACAAGGCGACAAAGGACUUUUCAACAUCUUUGCUUAUUCAUUUGUUGGAGACAUAGCGGGUAUCUUCUUGACUGAAGAAGCAAUCAUUCUUUUCUGUUUAAUAGUGUCUGUACGACUUCACAAGAAUUUGAUUCACAAGUUGUUAAAGUGCAAGUUGGGAUUCUUCGAUGUGACACCAAUGGGAAGAAUUAUCAAUUACUUUUCAAGAGAUUUCCAGAACGUCGACUUCACUAUACCACCAACCAGUGAGCCUUUAAUUGUUAAUAUAACUACUAUUGUAAUAGUAGCUAUCACUAUUUGUAAGGCAUCUAUCUACUUGGUUAUAUUAGUGUUGGUCAUUGCCAUCAUCUUCGUUUGUCUUUACAUCUUUGUUUCCAAACCAAUCAUCGAGUUACAGAGACUUGAAGGUAUAACACGAGCUCCUAUCUUUGUUCACUACGAUCAGACUUUACUUGGCCUUUCCACUAUAAGAUCUUCAAAUGGACAAGAACAGUUCAAAGAUAAACUUAUAGAGAAGAUUAAGAAUAACACAACGUCUCUCUACCUUACUAAAAUGGCUAAAUACUGGAUGCUCCAAAGAAUGGAUUGGUUGGGAGUCUUCAUUUGUUUUGUAACAGUCACAGUAUUGGUCAUUACCAAGUUGCAAAAGUCAAUGGAACCUUCCCUUGCAGGUACUGCUCUGACAAACAUAUGUAACAUUCCAUCAACCGUCAAUGUCUUUGCUAUGUCCAUCAUUGAAAUUGAGACAAACAUGCAGUCAACAGAAAGAGUCUUGCAGCUCAAGAAAUUGAGAGCUGAAGAGUCUGAGAGUGUCAAAGACAAAUAUCAUAACCCUCCACCUUCCUGGCCAUCAACGGGUUCUGUUGAAUUCUCUGAUUUCAAAUUUAGAUAUCGAAGAGGACUUCCCAUGGUUUUGAAAGGGAUUAAUGCCAAAAUAGUAGCAAAAGCCAAAGUUGGUGUUGUUGGUCGAACGGGGAGUGGGAAGUCCACUUUGAUGGCUGGACUUUUUAGAAUAGAAGAAGCGUACUCCGGUAAAAUAUUUGUUGAUGGAAUCGACAUCUCUACAAUUCCUCUUGAUAUCUUGAGGAAGAAAAUGUGUAUAUUACCACAGGAAGCCACACUAUUUAGUGGUACUGUAAGAGACAAUUUGGAUCCAUGGAACCAAAUGGACGAUGACAAAUUACGAAAAGUACUUUUAAUGGUCGAAUCAACAAAUCAACUUGAUGAUGUUGUGACAGAAGGUGGUGACAACUUCUCUUUGGGUCAAAGACAGUUAAUUUGUUUAGCUCGAGCAUUAUUGAAAAAUUCUAAGAUCUUAAUUAUGGACGAAGCAACUGCUAAUAUAGAUAUUCAAACAGAUAGAAAUAUUCAAAUGAUGGUCAGAAGGAACUUUAAAGACAUUACUGUGAUCACUGUAGCACAUAGAUUACAGACUAUUAUGGACUCAAAUAAAGUGAUGGUCUUUGAUAAAGGAAAAUUAAAAGAAAUGGACACUCCACUUAAUUUAAUUAAAGAGAAAGACACACUCUUUCAUGGACUUGUACAACAAUCUGGUUGUGUGGAAGAGUUACGUAGACUUGCUCAUACCAAGAAAAUUAUCAUGUCCUCUUCAACGUCCUCUCUAUCUUCUUCAAGUUCAUCUAAAUCUGACAAAGACAAUUCUGUAUCUUUAAGUCCAAAGAUAAAGGUCAAUUUACUUGCUAAUGAUUCUACUAGAGCUUCACCUAUUCAAUUCCAACACACUUCUGAACGAAACAACUCUGGUGCUCAAUUGUUAUCAAGGCCGAAUGUUGAGAAGUUUACUGAUUCCUCUUCAUCAAUGGAAUGA